UGUCUGGACAGCAGCAGUCCGCGAUUCUCCGUCCACUUUUCUUUCUUUCCCGCCGCCACAUCUCCCGCGUAUAGGCGGGAAAGAAAAAAAAAAGCGCGGGAGGCAUCUCGGCGGCAAUAAACAAUUUGCGCCCGGGAGGCCGAAAAGACGGAUGAAAUAUUCAUCAGGACUUUGGAAGGGGGAGAAAAAACGGUAUUGCAGCGAUUCUUUCCGUUGCGCGGAUCCGAUGAGGAGUCUGUAUAUCGCGUAAAAAGGAGCUUUACUGUACACUUAUUUACCGGCGACUUGCUGACGGACACCCGCAAACCCUCCCACCCUUGCUCCCCCGAUCCCGCCCCCGGACGGACGGACGGACGGACGCGCGGAGCCCUGCCAUCCCUCCUUCACUAAUAUGCAAUGGUUUUUCGUGCAGAAGCCGACAGCUGCCGCGCACCGCCGACUCCGCGCUAGCGUCGCCGCAUGCCUGUCAGCCGCCGCUUCUUCCCCCGCGCCGCGCGGCUUACGACGUCGACGUCAUUCGAAGAGGAGCACUCGGCGGGAGCGCGGCAGAACCUCCUCCUGGUCCUCCUCACCUGCUGAGGACCGCCGGCCUCCGGAGAGAAGCGCCGCGCUUCCCCCGCCGCCCGGGGACGACGUCAAGGCGGACGUGCAGGCGGAGGAACCGGGCGACUUGCUUCUCUUCUUCCUUUCUAUGGUGCAGAUCGGGGGAGGCAAGCACCGUCGAACUGAGCCCGACUGCUGGUCGGUUCCGUUGGCAUGCAAACAGGGGGGCGGACCGGCCCCCAUGCGGUGGGUGAAUUUUAGGUUGCCGCAUCCGGUGCGCCUCUCGUCCCCCACCACCACCACCACCACCACCACCACCGCCGCCUCCUCCCCCGUCUCGGCCAAAUCCAUGCGGUUUAUCUGGAGCAACAUUUUCAGCAAAGGAUCGCAUAUGCUGCAGUGUCUUUGUGGCAAGAGCCUGAAGAAACCCAAGAACCCAACUGAACCACAGCUGAAGGGCAUAGUGACCAGGUUGUUCUGCAGGCAGGGCUUCUAUCUCCAGAUGGGCCAGGAUGGAAGUCUGGAUGGGACCAAAGACGACAGCACCAACACCUCUCUGUUCAACUUAAUUCCCGUGGGUCUCAGAGUGGUGGCCAUCCAAUCAGUCAAGACUGGUCUCUACAUCGCCAUGAACGGAGAGGGUCACCUCUACUCCUCAGAACUGUUCACCCCGGAGUGCAAGUUUAAGGAGUCUGUGUUUGAGAACUACUACGUCAUCUACAGCUCCAUGCUCUACAGGCAGAAGGAGUCGGGCCGCGCCUGGUUUCUGGGCCUCAACAAGGAAGGCCAGGCCAUGAAGGGAAACCGAGUCAAGAAGACCAAACCAGCUGCACAUUUCCUGCCUAAACCUAUAGAAGUUGCGAUGUACCGAGAGCCUUCGUUGCACGAUGUAGGGGAGGCGGUGCCUAAGCUCGCCGGGGGCCCGCCUUCCAAAAGCACAACCAGCGAGCCAGUGGUCAUGAAUGGCGGCAAGCCUGUCAGCAAACCUGACAAGGAGGCGACAUAGCCCCGCCCCCAGUAUCUCUCCCUCUCUCACCCGGCUAAGCGGAGUCCAGGAAAAGCCAGCAACUCUGCAACAAAUGCGACAAAACAAACUCAAAGCCAAGUUUGGACUCGUCGGCAGUGGGGAGCCACACCAGGCACCUCACUGCUCACCUUAUUGGACAUAACUCUUGUUGUAGGCAGCAGAGCGCCAGACAGGAAGAGGAUGGCGACAGCCAGCUGGAAGUGGGCAGUAGCUUGACCUUCCCUUGGAGAAGACAGGCUUCGCAAAAUGUCAACAACUACAAAAAGUACCCAAGUGUCGUAUCCACCGGUGUUUUCCUGUGACAAUCUGUUACUAAGGGGCCUGCUUUUCCUUCUCUGAUAGUCUACUGCUCUGUCACCAAAUGUGCUUGCUGGCUGCGGGCCUCAGACGCACAUUGCACGUACACGCACACAAGCUACACAACAGUUUUAAAUCAUUAAGACAAACAUGACGGAGUGAUGAGGACGCAGCCGUGCAUUUAGAUCCGUCACACAUUGUCCUGAUUCGACACGUUUUGUUCUUAUUUGACAGGCACUGUCUAUCAUUUUUGUUUAUCGCUUUGUCGGUAGCUUAUCAAAAGGCUGAUGGAAGACCAAGCUGCUUGGUUGUACAGAUACAGAACUGACUUCAGUUGCUACCUCCCUGUCAGCCGCUUAAAGCAUGCUAUGACAUCCGCACUCGUAGCUCCACUCAAGAACCCCAGCAAGAACUUGCUCAAAUCGGCACAUCGCUUCAAACGAAGACAAGCGUUUGUAGCACCAAGCAGAUGGAGGCAAAGUUUCAGGCAGCCAGGUAGCAGUGUUGUUUACAUGGAGUAGCAGAGGACAAGUAGAAUGUAACUGAAUGGAAAAGCUCAAGCCUACACUCUCAGAGGAUGGCUUGCCACUGCUUGGGCUCUGGAAAGGUACAUAGUUACCAUGGUGUCCAAGAAGUAGUCCUUUGGGUACAAUCGCACAGUUUGUACCUUUUAGGGACAGAUAUGAGCUCCUAUUCCUGGCGGUGUAUCAAAACCUGCUGCCGUCCCAAGAACUUGAAUUUUAAAGGUAAGAGUGAGGGUAAAAGUGAACAGGGUAAAUCGCGUUAAAGUCACUUAGUUUGAGGCACUGAAUACAGAGGCGUGGCUUGUAACAUGAAGGCAGUUUUAAUAGCUAGUAAAAGGUUUGAUGUGACCUUGAAACGGCACAGGUAUUUUAGCCUCAAUCGAAAUAUCGCAUGACAAGCUCUAGUGUGGGGAACUGCAAGGAAAGAAAAUAGAGUACCCUCCUUAAUGAAAGCAAACCAAAUAGAAUCCUCACUGUGACUGUCCACUUAGCUCGGAUCUGUUCAAGACUUGAAUCCUUGUUCCAAACCCGGGCUUUUUGUUCAGAUGCCAGUGAACCACACUGGUAUUCACUCAUAUAUUUUCUGUGAGUAGAUACGAAUACUGUGAUCCUACUCGUCCAGUUAGCGGCAGUAAAAGAGACGCUAGAGGCUCAGCAGAUGUGAUUUCAGUAGCUGUCCCUCCCUCUAAACUGGACCGAGAUAAAUGACCACGAAGACAGAAACGAGGCUGUGUCACUAAUCAGACGAGCUGUAUCCCCUCAGCAACAGGUGGAAUAAAAUGAAACGGCUCGCACGUCAGGACCACAGCUGUAGGCUUUACUCCCUCGUUGAAGAACAUGUUGUUCCCUCCCCUCUGGUACCGCGACCUCUUGUUAAAACAAGUGAACUUGAAUAAUGUGUCCGCUCUGCGACUGAAACGACAAAAUAACAGCAAGACCGGUGUACUUAGGACAAAACUUGUCAAGUGUAUUUCUGCUGUUGUCUCACCGGGAAGUUGUGUUGUAGUUUCUCUCAUCGCUGGUUGUUGGUCUACACAGUGGAACCUCUGAAGGCCAACACCCCGAAGUCCUUCUAUUCACAAUUUCACCAUGAAAAAUAGGCCUCCUAAGUUGCUUGAUACUUUAACAAUACAAUACUUUUUGGGAGAUUUUUUGACUUACUUAUUCCAGAAGAAGGGCCAGUCUUAUAAGCAGUAUAAAGAAAGUGUAAAAGGAUACACCAAAAAUGUAAAACUGCUUCGUCAACGGACCAAUUCUUUGCUAUCAGUCACAUUUUACUAUUAACAGUGGUUAAAUUUGCUGUAUAUGUGAUGUUGCCAUUAGUGGUUUAAAAGCGCGGCUGAGCAAAUAAAUGUCUACUUGUAUCACAAUUACAAAUUUAAUUCAAUAAAUGUGGUCCAAAUAGGAUUAAUGCCGUUAAUGGGUGUCAGCCGCGGCUGUCUUGAACAAACAUGCGCGCUCAGAGUUUGUCCACAUACACACAAAAGCAGUCCCAGAGAAGCCAAUAACAAUCCAGGAUCUUAGAAGAGUCCACUAUUUGACAGAUCAACUUGUAAGAAGUCUGAUUCGACAAUCAAAUUUGCAGUCGAAUUGUCAGACAUUGUGUACCCGAGGCCCCCCUUUUAAAAGCGGGUUUGUUGGAAGGACGAUCAGAGAUAAGAGUUGCGAGGCUCGUUGUACCGUGCCACCAAACACGGAGCCCGCCAUAACACUGCACGCCUUGUGCCCGCUGGGGGGACCUACCGGAAACUGGACACAGCACGCAUCGAACACAGAAAGUGUAGCUUCCACCAGUUCGCUCGGGCACGAGUCCUCCCUCACAGCUCCUUUCUGGCAACAAUAAUGAUCAUUCUGCCAGUUCACCUCCGAAAAUCUUGUUACAACAUUUACUUCUUCUUAUUCAAGACUAAGAGCAGUGGUUCUUAACCUGGAUUCGAUCGAACCCUAGGGGUUCGGUGAGUCGGCCUCAGCGGUUCGGCGGACACACCCGACUCAUUGUGUAAAUAAAAACUUCUCCCUAUCGACGUACUAACGAUACCCCCAAACAAUGUUCCCUCUAAUUUUCCAUCAGAUUUACAGGUGUGUAAUUUGUUGUGAGUUCAUGCACUGUGUUGGUUUUGUUCCUUGAACAAGGUGAUGUUCAUACACGGUUCAUUUUGUGCACCAGUAAAAAAACAUAUAACCUUGUCUUGAAUUUGAAAAAAUGUUUUAUUUUUCACUAAAGAAGGGUUCGGUGAAUGCACAUAAUAAAACUGGUGGGGUUCGGGACCUCCAACAAGGUUAAGAAUCAUUGCCUAAGAGUCUUCUCAGCGCUUCGCCACCUUAAUUGGGUCGAUCUGAAGACUCUACUAAACAACCAAAUCUCUGUGGUUUAGGCUUUUUUGGUGCACAAAGUUGUACAUGAGAUCUGUUUGAUAGGAUCCCCACUAGCUCCGUCAGAUGAAUCAGAUCCAACUAUGAAAAUUGGUAGCUGAUGAUAGCCCUAAUCUGCAGUUGUUGUUACGACUGCUAUGCAUUCAAUAGUGGCUAACAUUAGUUGCCAAAAAUCGCUAUCAUUAGUAGGUGUGCUCGGAGCUAAAAAACGGUAUAACAUACCCGUAAUACUCCCGUCCAAAGGCAAAACCUAGUAACUCACUUCUAGCUAAUUUUGAGAAAACAAAGGAAAACCAAUCCAUCUUGAUGCUGUCUUACAAAGAUCUACAAAGUCGUCAAACGUAUAGAUGUUUUCUUGAGCUUUCAUUUUCUUGCCGAUUGAGCCAUGGAUUGAAUCUGCUCUCAUGAACGUGUGCCCUUUCUCCAGAUAUUUUAUCACAAUCUCGGGUGGGCCCCAUUCUGCGUUUGCACAUUGGGCAAGAGCCGUGUACAGCGUCCAGUUUUUAUUUUGACCUCCACAGUUAUCUGCCCAAAAGAGUAUGCAAGGGGAAGAAUCAAGAACAAUACAUUUAAUGAAGGUGCUUGCAACGUCCUGGGCCAAUCUUCCAAAUAUCCCCUCGUGCCAUAAUAUCACAUAAUCAGGUUGACCGUCGGCCCCCCAAUAGACAAUAAGGCGACUGACAAAGAAGCUCCGAUUGGUCCCUUGAGAUACUAGGUUUUUCUGUUGUAUCUACGCGGUUAAGUGGUGCCAUUCGUACCAUGCGCGUAACAGCUUACUUACGGAACAAAUUACAAUAUCGCAUACACUAAUGUAAAGCAUACCACCUAGGAACUCCAAAAUUAUUAUCAGCUCAGUUUUGACCAAAAUUGAGUUACUAGGUUUUGCCUUUGGACGGGAGAAUAUAAUGCUUGCAGCACGUUUUAAAAACAGUUGUAUUCUUAUGUGGGGCAUAAGGAAUCACAAGGUGCAGCCGUGACAAGAUUUACUUCACAAUAGUUUCAAAAUAUGAAUAUAUCAGGAGCUGCCCAGCGUGUCAGGACAGAUUGCGUUUGACCUUCGAGGCUCCACUGUACACCAAAUGUUGAGACGCUGGCGAAUCCAGCGCACCUCACCAGACCAACGCCCGCCACGCACUGAUGAGAAAGAAGUCUUUAGGCUGGUGUUGUACUUGUCUCGCGUCAACGAAAUAUUGAUUGUUAACGUGCAUUGUGACACUCGUUGUAACAUUGUUGCUAGGAAAUAAUAAAUCUAGCCCUGACAAUCAGGUAUAUCAGGGGUCACCAACCUUUUUGAAACCAAGAGCUACUUCUUGGGUAAUGAUUAAUGCGAAGGGCUACCAGUUUGAUACACACUUAAUUAAAUUGCCAAUUUGCUCAAUUUACCUUUAAUAAAUAAAUAAAUCUAUAUGUAUAUAAAAAAAUGGGUAUUUCUGUUAUUCAUUCUGUCGUACAUUUUUUGUAGAGAAUGAAUGAUGAAAAAACACUUAAUUGAACAGUUUAAGAGGAGAACACGAAAAAAAGAAAAUUAAAUUUUGAAACAUAGUUUAUCUUCAAUUUCGACUCUUUAAAAUCAAAAUUCAACUGAAAAAAAAUGAAGAGAAAAACUAGCUAAAUUGAAUCUUUUUGAAAAAAAUUUAAAAAAAGAAUUUAUGGAACAUCAUUAGUAAUUUUUCCCAAUUAAGAUUAAUUUUAGAAUUUUAAUGACAUGUUUUAAAUAGGUUAGAAUCCAAUCUGCACUUUUUUAGAAUAUAUAACAAAUUGGACCAAGGUAUAUUUCUAACAAAGACAAAUCAUUAUUUCUUCUAGAUUUUCCAGAACAAAAAUUUUAAAAGAAAUUCAACAGACUUUGAAAUAAGAUUUAAAUUUGAUUCUACAGAUUUUCUAGAUUUGCCAGAAUAAUUUUUUUGAAUUUUAGUCAUAAGUUUGAAGAAAUAUUUCACAAAUAUUCUUCGUCGAAAAAACAGAAGCUAAAAUGAAGAAUUAAAUUAAAAUGUAUUUAUUAUUCUUUACAAUAAAAAAAAAAUACUUGAACAUUGAUUUAAAUUGUCAGAAAAGAAGAGGAAGGAAUUUAAAAGGUAUAUGUGUUUAAAAAUCCUAAAGGUUGUAUUUUUUUCUCUAAAAUUGUCUUUCUGAAAGUUAUAAUAAGCAAAGUAAAAAGAAUAAAAGAAUAUAUUUAAACAAGUGAAGACCAAGUCUUUAAAAUAUUUUUGGGGAUUUUCAAAUUGUAUUUGAUUUUUGUCUCUCUUAGAAUUAAAAAUAUCAAGUAAAGCGACACUAGCUUACUAGUAAAUAAAUACAAUUAAAAACAUUUAGGCAGCUCACUGGUAAGUGCUGCUAUUUGAGCUAUUUUUCAAACAGGCCAGCGGGCGACUCAUCUGGUCCUUACGGGCUACUUGAGGUGUUGGUGACCCCUGAGGUAUAUCGUCUAUGUAUCCCCUUAGAGUCAUGGUCCACCGCCGCAGGGAUUGUUUGAGCGCAGAACUUGGUCACUUAUUUCUUUGCAUCACAUUCAGUAACACGACUUGAAAUCUCAGAUUUAGUUCUAUUUGCAUCUGAGUUGUUAUCAUUGAUGACUGUUCUGUUGAGCCACUUUCAUAGUACAUAUACAUGUUAUGUUAUUGAAUUCAUAUCACGUGUGGCCCUGUGCUGGAAGAGUCUAUUCAAAGAAGCCCACCUUGUCAGGGAAGUUAGCAGCAGCUGUUGAGGAUCCGUGGCAUAAGUUGUAGAAUAAUGACGGUCCAGUGAAAAACAUCCGUGGACCAAAGAUGCAGCUAUAACAGGGUUUUCCAGGGUGAUAAUCACACAUCCUGACACGGCACACAAUUACUGAGAGUAUGUCCUGAGAGGUUUUUUCCCAACUAGCGGUUGGCUCGGCGCUGAGGCUACAAUUAUGAGCAACGCACACAGAAAGAGCGUCCACUUUAAUUAGAAGGGAGCAAUCAUGACAAACCCGGGUGACGUUUAAUUUCCACCUUGCAGAGUGGACGUGCAGUAAUCAUUUGUGACCAGCGCGGGUGCACUUUAGAGACAUUUAGAGCAGCGUUCGUGAUGUAGCUGGUCUCUUUUCAGGUUCACUCUGUUCCUCUGACAGAAGAAGGCCUUAUUACACAGACACACACCAUAUGACUUAUCAGUAAUCCUUUGCGCCGCUCUGUUGUGUCGGCUGUAUCUAAGCUAGGCAGGGCGCUUAUUACGUCCUAAUGUCGCCGCUCGGACUGUUUCCACUUGUUGCACGUGUUAUCAAUGGACCAAUGACGUGGGUGGAUGGCAAGGGGCUAGUGCAUGUUGUCUUGUAGGAAAUGUGUGCUAAAAACAAAGCAGCUUUUAGCUCAAUUCUGCUCCCGAUCGAUAUGCCUGACAGCAUUUAAAAGAACACUUGUUCGGGUCACGUAAAGAUGACAAACAGGAGCAAGCAGCAUCUCACCUUUGUGAAUCCUGUACUGUUCUAGUGAGCUGGGUAGCAAAAGGUGGCUCGUACUGUCUGCUGUCUUUCAGUAAAUGUUCAGUUCCUCCUAUGUCCAUGAUAUGCAAACAAAUUAUGUCUGCACUGUACAGUUUGUGUCUCACCUAUUGUAUACACACAGAACAGAACAAUAUUAAAGAUUUAUAGAAAGAAAUCAUGGAUUGCCGACAAAUUCAUUUCUUGCAAACCCUGUCUGUCUGUUUCACUUGAACUCCAUGGUGUUCAGGUAUG